ACAGAAUGCAUAUAAACAAACGAUGUUGCAGACGAUAUUUAGGCCUCUAUUAUAAUUUGAUACAGAAGUUGAAGUUUUAGAUAUAUCGAGAUAUGGAGAGAGGAAUAUUUGCCUCCCCUGUAGAGCCCCUGUUUAAUCAUGAACAUGCCUUAGAGACAGAAAUUCUGCAAGAUUGGUUGAUAAAUCUAGCAGAAAAGAAUGCCAAACACAUAGACCAAGCACAUUCAAAACAGGGGAUAUUUAAGCAAGUGAAUGCUGUGGAAACCAUCAUGUAUGCAGCUGAAAAACUGAAAAUAGCUCAUGAAGCAAAAUAUCUUGCUAUUGAGUUAUUUGACAGAUUUCUAUACCAUCACCUUCAAGAUCUGCGGGAUCAUGUUCUGAAGUUGCCAAGGAAAAGACAACUAAAAGAAUGGGUUGGUCUUCAGGAGGGCGUGUCAAACCAAGUACUGCUUCGCAUUGUGUCAUGUUGUCAGAUAGCCAGCAAACUAACAUCUCAUUACAAGGCAUUCUUGUUUCAGGUUGUUUCCAUCAACAGAGCUAAGAGGUUUCUUUGUGAAUGUGGUUAUCGCUAUGCUUCAGAGAGUUUGCUGCAGUCAGAACUGAGAGUACUAAAGACUCUGAAAUUUCAAGUGACAGAACCAUCACCUAUUGUGUAUAUAGAAACUUUACUUGAAAUCUUAGGUUGCAAUAAUACCAAAGUAGAAGUGAAAACAUACUACUAUGUUGCAGUAAAACUUCUGGAUUUGUUGUAUUUGAAGUAUCACACCUUUUACAAGAUCAUAUUUGAAGUUACCAGUUCAUCGAAGAUACAAUCUUUGGAACAAAAGAGGAAAUUCAAGAAAGUUAAGGCUGACCAACUUCUGCUAGCGGCUGCGAUUAUAGGUGGCUCUGUCUUCAUGGUCCAACAAGACAAAGCUGACGAGAUGAUUGAAGAACUGGGUAGGAUCACACGAAUUUCUCAGAAUGACAUCAUAGACUUCACUUCUGUUUUGAUUCAGUUGGUGGAAGAAGAGUAAAUGCAUUGAAACAACAUCAAUAUAGAGGCAGAUUGACUUAUACAUGUAUAAUGCCAUUGUAAUAUUUAUUUACUCUGUGCAUGUUCCCAAAUUGGAACAAAAAGUAUUGAAUUUGUUACUGUUUCUCUGUUAUUGGUAGAGUACUGCAUUUUACUGUACAUUUGGAAUAUUUUUUUUAUCAUAAGCAUCUGUGUUUAACUUACAACUGCCUUAUCAAGCCAAUGAAAGUACAUUUACAAUAUGUGUAUCAAUCACUUCAAGCAAGUAAAAUAUGCCUUUCAUCUGUGAUAUAAACUCUAGUUAUUUACAUGUACCCAAGAAAAUACUUUACUUUUUUUUUUAUAUAUGCAUUGAUAGACUGUGAUUUUCCUGUGCAAUGUCAACCAUGCCUUUAUUAAAGGAAUUCUUCAUGCGAGAUGCAAUCAAUGGCUAAGUUAGAAUUUGUAAAUUUUAUAUGUUCAUUUUCCAGAACCAGUUUGUUAUACAAUGUAUUAAUAAAAUUACUUCCUUUCA